AACACAGUGACAGCGUGCUUGUGUUGAGGGUAGCACUGACUCAUGUGCUGGAAGGAUCUGAUCCCCCGGGACGCAGUAUGAUUUCGUAACAUUUAAGGCUAAGUGUUAUGCAUUUCAUAUGCACUAGCUUCUGCGAAAAUUAGUAUUCUUCGUAAAAAAAUCAUCACGGCACGCUGCGUUGAUGACACGCCGAUUCACAAGUCCUGCGCCCUGCACGCGCAUCCAUUCAUUGCGCAGUGAGUGAGUGAGGCCGGCGUAAUCUGUACGGAGACAGCGGAGCGCUCCUAGCCGGGUUGGGCACGCGACGGCCCCGGUCUGCGCCGCGAUUGGACACUGACUGCGGUGGGCUGGAUUUUUUUGUCAUCCUCCCUCUUCCCCUCUCGCGUGCAGGAGAGACUGGGAGACAAAAGGGUAACGUACGGAGGUCUGACAGUGGCGCCGACAGCUAGAGACAGGCUGCCUUGCGAGGUGAAACUGCGUGCGACUGCGCCUGCCGUAUCAAUAAAAGGAUCAGCGCAAUACAGCGCCGGAGACAAGAAUUCUCUCUGGAUGACAACGUUUUUGCAUUCAACUUAAUAUUUACAUUUUGCAUCCUGAAUGAAGAAGCCAUAAUAGAUCCGUGUAUGUACUGUGAUUCGAAAGCACGGGUCACCGGUUGAUCGCCCCCUCCUCCGCCCCCUCGCCCCUUAGCCCCGCCCACCAGGCAGAAUGAGCUCCUCCUCCCCCGUGGCGUCCCGCCCCUCUGUUGACAUCCUGGAGGAGCUUCAGCUCAUAGCCGCUCAGAACCUGGAGAAGCUGGAGAUCAACAAGUACUACGAUGUCAUCCAGGAGCUGGGCAAGGGGACCUACGGCAAGGUGGACCUGGUGGUCCAUAAAAUCAGAGGCACUAAAAUGGCGCUGAAGUUCCUCCGAAAGAAGACCACCAAGCUCAGGAGCUUCCUGCGGGAGUACAGCAUCUCCCUGUACCUGUCUCCCUGCCCGUUCAUCAUCAACAUGUACGGUAUCGCCUUCGAGACCGACGAGUACUACAUCUUCGCACAGGAGUACGCCCCGGCCGGGGACCUCUUCGACAUCAUUCCCCCGCAGGUGGGACUUCCGGAGACGGUGGCCAAGCGAUGUGUCCACCAGGUGACCAUCGCGCUGGACUACCUGCACUGCAAGAAGCUGGUGCACCGCGACAUCAAGCCCGAGAACGUGCUCCUGUUCGACCGCGAGUGCCGCAAGGUCAAGCUGUCGGACUUCGGGAUGACGCGGCGGGCGGGGUCGCCCGUGAAGCGGGUGAGCGGGACCAUCCCGUACACGGCGCCGGAGCUGUGCGACCCGGCGCGCCGCGAGGGCUUCGGCGUGGACUACGGCACGGACGUCUGGGCCUUCGGCGUGCUCCUCUUCUGCAUGCUGACCGGCAACUUCCCCUGGGAGAAGGCCCUGCCGUCCGACGGCUUCUACGAGGAGUUCGUCCGCUGGCAGCGGCGGCGGGCGGGGGGUGCGGGGGCGGGGGCGGGGUCGGGGGCGGUGCCCUCCCAGUGGCGGCGCUUUUCGGACGAGGCCCUGCGCAUGUUCCGGAAGCUCCUGUCCCUGGACCCCCUGCGCCGCUGCGCCGUCAAGGAGGUGUUCGCGCACCUGGGCCACGGCUGGAUGCUGGACGGCGACGGCACCGCCGCCGCGGCCGCCGCCGCCUGCUCCGCCGAUCUCAGCCCCGCCUCUUCCUCCUCCUCCUCCUCCUCGUCCUCGUCCUCCUCCUCCUCCUGCGAGGAGGACGUGCUGGUCGAUCGCCUGAGGCAGCAGACCCUCUCGCCCGUCUGUGGCGCCACGCAGGCUGGCGUCGUCGUCAUGGACGGCGUGCCCUCCCACUUCGCCCCGGUGUCGACAAGCGGCUACGAGCGAGUUUCCCGCGACAACGGCAGUGGUGGCCGCAUCCUGGUCACCACGCCGAUCGAGAUCUGUGUCUAGGGGUAGCGGCUGUCCUCCUCAGCCACCCCCCCCCCCCCACAUGCACACACGCACACACUCUCACUUGCACACAACACACACACACAAAUAAACAGUGAUGCGCACUGGCUCACACACGUGAACACAUGCUAACCAACAAUCACAAUUGACUAAAGUUAUUUUCCAAAUGGGGUAAAAAGAAGAUUACAGCAUUUCUCUUUGGGGGGGAAAAAAAAGCAAACACAGGUUAAUUAAUUUGUGAUUGCCAACGCUCUUGUUUUUUCACUAAAUAUUAACUGCUGGUUUCCAGUGCUGUGAUUUGCAGGGAAUUCUGGAGUGUCUGGCUUGACUUUCAUGAUUCCCUAAAGCAUUCCCAAAGCGUUCCCAAUGAUGACUCGGUCUGAGGGAGGGAGUCGGUCAGUUCUGGGCGUGUCAGGCAUAUGAGACAGACCAAAACACGUAACCAAUGAUUGAAGGAAAAAGCAUCAAGAUAAUGUGUUGCACCAUUCCUGAUGAAAGGGCAAUCCAGAAGUUAUUUCUUAAAGCAAUACCUUCAAAGUUUUUCUGCAAAAAAAAAGGCGAAAGGAGGAGUCCAGGCAUUCAGUGGUAUCUGUGUGGAGAGAAAGUUUGACUUUUAUUUCUGAGGCUGGUGGAAAUGCAGCACUUUAAAAAAUGUUGGACUAAAAUGUUUCUUGAAGAAGAAAAAUUUGAAUCAUAUUGUGCCGUUUACUGUAAUUAAAUGUAAACAAUAGCACUAUGAUGUACUUUUAUGUAAGUUUAUUGUGUGGGGAAAAUGGAAGUUUCACGAAUGUGGGACACCAAGUCUUAAUUUAAUCUUUCUGGUUUAUUGUUAUUUAUUUGAAUCUUGAAUUCUCUGAAAUAUAUUUUUGCUAUUUGUUUGUAUAAAUUGAUGUUAGAUUAUUUUUUUGAUACUUUGGUUCGCUGAAUCAGCUGGGUAUUUAUUUUUUACACAUAAUAAAAAUAUCAUGCCUUGUGUUUCUGAAUGAAAAUGGUGUCAGAAAGUAAACAGCAACAGCACCAAUGACUACGGUGGCCAGUCCAGGUAUAUUGCCCAUGUAACGGCAGUUUUUUUGUUUUGUUUCCGGUGAUUCUUCACUUCAGUCGGAUUGUUUGUUGUUCUGCAGUGUGAACCCAGGCUUGGUUUAACAGUGACAGUGAACAGGCACCCAUUUUACAUUCCUGGAAGAAAUCUCUCUAAAUCGGACAUCAUAGCCGCUGUAAAAAAAAAAAAAAAAAAAAAAACUUAACUCAGCAGUACUCCUGAGAUAUGAACGGAAAAAAUCACAGGAUGCUUCUCGUCAUUCCGCCGUGACCGUUGCCCUAAAGAUCGAUGGGAAUGAGUGAAACCGGAAGAAUCCGGAAACCGGAGCCUUUGAAUAGGAGCUGGAGUCAUAACAGACCCAAAGCUAAUGCGAUAAAAUGAUUAUUCAGCCACUCUGUCAACCGCCAAACUGCCUGUCUUCGUUAUUUAUUUAAUGACGGCCAUCGCUUUUUAAAAUGGCGGGUAAUUCCGAUACUUCUAAUGUAUAACAUAGCAUCAGUAGGUGCGGUUUAACCACAAUAAUUGCAGGAGUAUUGUGUUGGAAGAUUACCGAUUAACAAAAUGUGGAACAGUCGUCAUGUCAGUUUUAAUGUGGGCACUUAGAAUUCACUCAAAGCAGCCUGAUUAGAAUGGCAUUCAAGGCUAAAUUAAUUAUCUGCCAGUCAACACUUUUCGUCCUGGUGUUUUAAAAAAAUAAUAAUAAUAAUAAUGAUGCCAGCUGGUACUUGGAGACUGGUGCAGAUUUCAGUUUAAAACCAAUAUAAUAAAUUCAAAUCUUACUUAUUAAUUCCCACGUCCAUUACGUGUUAAUCAAAAACAGAGCUACAGUAUUGUUUUUUUUCCUGAUUUUUGUAGACACAAUCUGAUGAUCUAUGGCAAUUAUAAUUAUGUUUAUUGUGUUUACAAAAAAAAAAAAAAAGAUGUUUAAGGGCAUUUUUAAAAAUUGCAUGGAACUAUAAACAGCCAUUUUCUUUAAAAAAAAAAAAUCUAAAUGAAAGUGGUGUGCUUGCAUAAAAGUUGUAAAGACUGCUGUAUGGUGAAAUUUUGCUAUUGCACAGUUUCUUGUAGAACAUUCCAGAGAAGGAUUUGUUUUCGUGGUUUCUGGAAAUAAUCUACAGUAGGGCUAAAACAAAUUAAAUUGUGUACUCUUUGUAUUAUAUAUGUUGUAGUUGUUUUAUUACAAAGUCUGACAUAAUCAAGAGGUCCUAUGAGUAAUUGCUCCUUGUGUGGGGAUGCAGCCUGCAUUUGCUUGAUGAUUAUCUCAGAGAUAGAGAGAGGGACUUAUUACUGACAGACAUGGUAAUAAAAGGUUCCUUUCUCCUCAUUUCCUUUGAUGGGAUUUACCUUUUGAGAAAACCCUCCAAGAUUGAAAAAGUUUAAAUGGUGUGGGAAAAACAACCAACAUUUGUCUUGAUUGAAAAAAAAAAAGAAUAAAUUAUGGAUGUAUGUAUUUAGGGGGAGAACAAUGAGUGAGGGGUAUUUUGUAAUAGACUGUUUGUGUGUUGUGUUUUUGUAGAAAUUGAUUGCAUGAAUUUAACAAUAUCGUCAUGGAAAUAAUGACAUCCAUUGUGCAGCAAGCCACAGCAUCUUUUAUUUUUUUUGCCGUGCGAAAUUGUCACAGUGUAAUCAAAUUUCAUAUUUUUUAUGUCUUCCUCAAUGCUAGUCAUCUCAUACUAUGAAAUACUCCUGCGCUUGUUUGGUGACAGAGUGUUUUAUGAUAUGAGAUACUCUUGUACUUGCUUGGUGACUUCAGAGUGCAAGCAAUGGUCCAGUCCUUAUGUAUAGAUUCCCAACGUUCAUGAUGUAAUGUGGUCCCAGUGCAGAAAUUAAGAGUUUCUUGUUUACCGACAGGUGACAUUUUGAUGCUGCUGCUGCUGCUGCUGCUGCAUUUUUUUUUUCUUUUUGUGGAGUUAUAACUAGAAGAAAAACAUGACGGUAGAAGUUUUGUCCAACUCAGCCGUAGCAAUACAGUCUUCCUCGGAAGCUACUUCUUACUUUCAUUGAAAAUUAAAUAAAAAUAAAUGAUGGAAAACAUUUUAAAAAGUCAA